AUGUCAGCCCCUGCGCUCGAUGAAGUUGGAUGGGGCUCCUUUCUGGCGUUCAAGUGGCUGGAUUCCUUGGUGAACACUGGAUACCAAAGACAAGUUAAUUUGCAAGACAGCCCUCCACUGGCGGAUCAAGAGGAUACUGCCAGAAAUACGCGCCGAUAUGUGCGGCUGUUGGAGGAGCAGGAGCGUGCUGGCAAGCGCCACCCCUUGAUCCACGCGAUCUUCUGGGCCUUUUGGCCGCAGCUGCUCCUCUUGCAGUCGAUGAAGAUCUCGCAGUACUUGCUCGGCCUCCUUUCUCCAUUCAUCCUGCAGCGCUUGCUUAUCUUCCAGGAGGCCCAGGAGGCCAAGACGGAGGGGACCAACACGGCCCUCUCGGCCGAGGCUGCCAGGAGUGGUUUCAUCGCAGUAGGUGCUUUGAUUUGUUUGGGCUUGUUCAAUCUGUUUUACAACGCCCAAGUGGAUCUUUGGAAGGCGCGGCUCAACAUUCGGAUCGAAAGCUCCUUGAAGGGAGCCCUGCUCUUCAGAGGAGUCCAGGGCCUCACACAAACGCCUGGCGAUGCCAGUGAACAGGGGAACACUCAUGGGGAGAGUGCCAUUUAUAACGUGAUCUCCUUCGACGUUGGUGACAGCGUCAACAUGGUCUGGGUGAUCCUCGAUAUUUGGAGUUUGCCCAUCCAACUUGUGGCAGCUUUCACUGCGCUCUUCGCUCAAGUGGUGGCGCAGCUGGACCUUUUAUGCAUCGCGGGGGGUAUGGGCUGCUGGUACUUUGCCAAAGAGCAACUGGGCGAGGCCUGGGCUCUCACCAUCCGCGCGAAGCGAGCUUGGCCGGUGCAGCUCCUGGGUGCGGCGCUGAUGGCCUCCAGUGUCUCACUGAGGACGUGUGCCGUGGACCGCUUCCGGGCGCAGGGCACUCCACUGAGCCACCGGCAGGCCUCACAGGUCUUGGUGAUGGAUGGGCCGUUUGAAUGGUCAAGGAAUCCCAUGUACCUGAGCAUGCUUGGAAACAUCAGCUCCGUGGGGCUGAUGGCAAACACUUGGUGGGGUCUUCUAGCGCUGCUGCCGUUUGCAGCCUACCUGCAGUUCUGCAUCAUUCCAGGCGAAGAAGCCUAUUUGUUCCAGGUGGCAGGAAAAGCUUCACAGGCCUUAGCUGUGGUCCCAGGACUGUUGACAAUCAUCAUUUGCAAGACCUUCAAUCUCAUCAUGGGCUAUGCCGAUGGCGUGUACCGAGACCGGCUCUAUUUUGCCAAGGACGAGCGCUUGGGCCGGUGCAGCGAAGGCUUUACGAAUAUCCGAACCCUACGGAUGCUGGCUUGGACCUCAUCCUAUGAGCGGGUGAUCUCCCGCGCACGGGCGGAGGAGUUACGCAUGGCCUGGAUCAGGCUGUGGCUGCAAAAGAUGCCUGCUGCCUUGGACUACGGCCUCUCCACUUUGGUCACCUUGGUCACACUCGGUUUCUAUGUCCACACCACCCACGAGCAGUUGAAAGCCUCCUUGGCUCUACCGGUGAUCGCCCUCAUCGGUUCCUUGAUCGGUUCCAUCGGACAAUUCCCUGUUUUGGUGAAGGAGUACAAGGUCUUCCGCUCCGCCUAUGAUCGAUUCCAUCGCUUCAUGGGCUUUGGUCAUCAGCCCAAACCCUUUGAGCCAGAGUCAGCCCGAAGCCCAACGAGUAGCCCUGCAGCUUUGAACCUCGAAGAUUGCAGCUUCCAAUGGGCUGCACAGGAGCCACUGCUGGCCCAAGCGGGGCCUUUCUUCGAGCUUCAGAACAUUGACCUGCAAGUGGAGGCGGGGUCCACCACGGCCAUCAUCAGCCAAGAGGGUCAGGGGAAGUCCUCCUUGCUGAUGGCAAUCUUGGGCGAAAUGUCGAUGAAGUCUGGGCACUUCAGCGGCUCGAGCGCGCCGAUUGGCGGCCAAGCACCAGUUGUGCCGGAGACUGCCAUCAGCGCCCGGCACAUUUUGCUUGAGGCCUGCACCAUUGGAGGCCGCAGUGUUGCCUUGGCACCACAGGAGCCGUGGCUCUUUGCCGGUAGUGUGCGCUCCAAUGUGUUGUUUGGCUUGGAGAUGCACCAAGCCAUCUACGAUGGGGUCCUGGAGGCCUGUGCACUAAGACUAGACCUACAGACGAUGCCUUGCGGAGACAUGACUGAAAUUGCAGCAGGCGGCUCCACGAUCUCUGGCGGACAACGUGCACGAGUGGGCCUCGCUCGGGCGGUCUAUCGUGCAGCCUUGGAACAAGAAGCCAGGCGUGUGCCUUUGGUCGUUUUGGACGAUCCCUUCUGCGCCCUGGACAAGGAGGUGGCCACACAGGUUUGCCAGGCGGUGCUCUCACCGAGUGAAGGGCUCCUGAGUCCUGCAUUCCGUGCUGAGCAGUACCCAGGCUAUGAAGUACGACAGGUGUUGCAAGAAGCAGGAGACUUUGUUAGAGCGGCUCAAGAAGCGUUGGGGAGACGAACAGAAGCUUUGCAGUCGCCAGAUGAGCCUUCACGUCCAAGCGUGCCGCACCGCUUCUCUUCGAACAUUACAUUCAUGUCCGGCGAUCUAGGAUUCCCCUCGCAAGGCUCUGGCUUGUUUGCGCAGGAUGCUGACCAGAAGGCAAUGAGAGUAGAAACAAUGCGACCUUUUGACUUGGUCGAAGGGUGGGUGACCAAUAUGACCACGUUGACUUUGGCCAACGCGUCAUAUGAUGUCACAGGUGGCAGUCUUCCAGUAUGCCGUCAGCUGGCCAUGUUGAGGGUGCAAAGAUUCUCCGAUCUCUUCUCUUGGGCAGCCAAUUCGCUUCUUUCAGAAUAUGGAGGGCAACAUCAGGUGGACGGGAGGCAGUGCUCCUUGUGGCAUCUUCAUGCCCAGAACCAAUCCAUGACUUUAUGUGCAAGUGGUGACUUUCCGGUUGAGCUGAACAUGAGCAUUUUCUUGAAGAGCAGCACAGGUGGCAGGAAAUUCAACACCACCUAUCGCUUUGGUCCAUUGAAUCUGGGGAGCGAGGUGCCGCAAUUUCUCUUCAGCAAGCCUUCCAUAUGUGGAAGCCUGGCUCCUGCUUGUGAGAAUGGCCGUGGUCUUGAACCCGUUCAGAUGGACGCUUAUGUUUUCCACCCCGGUUUGUCCGCUGCUGACUACAACCUUGAGGAUCAAAAUGUGGCAGACCUUGCGGGAGAUGCUCUCUUCAUUUGUAUGGAUCGCUUGCGAAGCCAGACGACCUCUUUCAUCGAUCACAACUACAGCUUGAUCUCACGCUACACUCUUCAAGUGUCUCCGGCCUUUGGGCAGUAUGGUUUGUGUAACGGCUACCCAGACACUCAACCUCCAGGCCCUUUUUGUGCUGGUGGAGAUCCGCGCUUGGUGGGAAAAGAAAGGCACAGCACGGUGCUGGUGGCAGCCGCCGACCCCUGGUGGAUGAGUUGCCUUGCGGGGGCCAAUGGCGAGAUCGAUGCAGGCAUCAUCAUCCUUCGCUCGGGCUCAGUGCUGGUUCAAGGGACGUUCUCAGAGUUGAAGGGCCAAGAUUUGCCUGAGCUGAAGACGUUAGUAGCACCUCCUUUGAGCAGAACAGAGGGUGUGCCCAUGCACAAUCCACAAGAUGAGGACAUGGCAGAUGAGAGCGAGACACCCGUGCCAGAAAGGCAUCCGGAGGAUGCUGUCCCGCGCUUGCCACCGUUGCCGCCGCCGCAACCAUCAAAGCGGUCGGAAGCAGAGACGCAGACGCCACUCACAAAGGAGCAAGAGAUCAAAGGAAGCCUCACACUAGAAGAAGGCCGUGUGGCUGGGCAUGUGCAAUGGGGGACCUACCACAGCUACCUCAAGGCCAUGGGCUACUUCAACUUUGUUGUGAUGUUCGUGGCUCUUGCUGGCAUAAUGCUGUUCCAAAACUUCUGCAACCUGUGGAUUGUGUAUUGGACGUCUGAAAAGAAGGAGACCGCGUUGAUGUACAGUUGGAUGAAGGCCAUUGGAAUUGCACCUCCCACAGAUACCCGCACCAUGCUGUGGGUCUAUGGUGGUUUGAUUGCAUGCUUCUUCAUCUCCAACUUUGCUGGCCAUGGAAUGGAGAUUGUUGGUGGCAUUCGUGCUGCAAAAAAGAUCUUCGCAGGCGCAUUGGACGGAGCGCUUUACAAGCCCUUCCAGUGGUGGGACUCGAACCCGACCGGGCGUGUGCUGAACCGCUUCUCUGCGGAUGUUGAGGUGAUGGACAAGGCCGUGACCAACAUUUUCGGCAUCAUCAUUGGAGCUGUGCUGUUCUUCUUGGGACACACCUUGGUGUUGACCUUCUCGAGCCCUUUGUCGAUCAUUCUCUUGCCGGGGAUUGUCUUGCUAAUGGAGUACUUUGCACGCUAUUAUCGCAACACCAUCCGUGAAAUUCAGCGUGGGAGCACUCGGGCUUUUGGCACUUGCGAGAAGGCUACACGCUCGAGUCGAGAAGACGAGGAGGAUCCCAGCACCGUGGCCUCGGGAGACUUAGCUGCCAAGAGGAGACGCCGCGGCGCCGUGGCCUCGGCCACCACGGAGGGUGGAAACAUCGGUGCCUCCUCUCGGAAAGAGCCCAUGUCGGAGGCAGCCCGCUUGGCUGACCGGCAGCAGGACGCUGUGUUUUCCGGCUUCAAGGCGAGUGGUUCCACGGAGAACACCCCCUCCUCCGAUGCCGUCCGGAGGCUGGAGGUGGACACCGAUGUGAGUCAAGACCACCGGGCGAUUCUGGAGCGGAAUGAGCAAAUCAACAAAGGCUUGAAGGAUGGAACGCUUGAGAAAGGCGUUUACCGAGGUCUUGGAGGUUACAAACAAUAUGCAAAUAGAAGUGAACAUGCAAUUGCCAAUUCCAAAUAUACAGGUUUGCUCGGGCCGUUGCGAAGCAGCCUGAGCAACGUGCGCAGCACCUUGCGAAUCGAGUACAUUGGCACGACUGGUGAAGGUGGGAUUUGCAAAGACUACAAAGAGACCGGUUAUUGUGGCUUUGGAGAUUCUUGCAAGUUUGCGCAUGAUAGGUCAGACUACAAGCCCAGCUACAUUUUGGAGCAGGAAUGGGAGGCCAAGCAAAAAGAAAUCGAGGCCAAGCGACGGAAGAGAUGGGAGAGGAAGAUGGAAAGGCGCAGAAAAGCGGAAGAAGAAGGGCGCCCCGUCGAGGAUGAUGAUGACUCCACUGUCAGCACGGAUGAAAGUGAUGAUGAGGAGUUGCCCACGGAGUGUUUUGAGUGUGGGGAAGCUUGGCAGCGCUGCAAGAGCAUUGCCGUGCAAACCACUUGCGGCCACUAUUUUUGCGAGGAUUGCGCCAUGGCGGCCUUCUCCAAGUCGCAGAAGUGCUCGAGGUGUGGCGCCAACACCAACGGCAUUUUCAACUCUGCAGAGACCUUGCAGGACAAGUUGAAAGCCAAGAAGGAGCGCCGUGCCGAGAGGAAGAGGAUGAAAGCGACCAAGCGCAGAGACCUCCAGAACACCUUCGGGGUGAGCACUGAAGGCAACUUUGUGUAA